UUGAAGAGCAAAUUCUACUUUAAUUUUAUUUCUAGUAGACUCUUAGUUAUAUAAAAUUAAACCUUAAUAUAGUUUUUAUGUGAACUAAACAUAAGGAGAAAAAAUAAUUUCCUCGUUGUUGAAAAGUUUUAACCCGGAUAAUAUUUCCAGGACAUGCAUUUAAUACAUCACUCCGCUUACAACUGAUUUUGAUUAGAGCAUAUCGAUUGUAUUUAUUAGUGCAUUUAAAAUUCAUUAACGACAUUUGGUUAUGUUCCGUUGUAUAAAUCAUGGAGUUUAAAUUCAUGUUCAUUAUUAACCUUUUGCGUUCAUUUCAUGAUGUAUUCUGUUCACCAAUAUGUCAAGGAGAGUAUGGACUUGUUUGUUGCAACGGAUACAGAUGGGACGAAAGAAUUGGAAUGUGUACAAAAUGUAGCCCAGGUUUUACAGGCUUGGAUUGCUUGCAGAAAUGUUGGUAUCCUCAAUAUGGUGAAAACUGUAAGUGGACGUGUUUAUGUGACGUUAGUUUGUGUGAUAAUGUUCUAGGAUGUGAUUACAGUACAAAGAUAAUGAAGUCAACUGCAGAGCCUACAACAGCACAAAUUCUUCAAAAUAGGACUUUGCGAGACACCAUGUACGCAUCAAAAACACUUAUUCAAAUAGAGGGUUUGGUCACAAGGAUAUCAGAAUCUGAUAACAUUUUCCGUGGAAAUGCUUCUAAAUUUAAAUUAGAUAUUUCAGUAUGGAUUGUUUUGUCCGCAAUUUUCCUGGCAAUUUCAAUUCUUUUGCUAACAAUAAUAAGAAAAAAGUUUUGCUCCACUAGCCAUUAUGUGCAAACAGUAACAUCAGAUGAUGCAAAACAAAACACUUACAGAGAACUGAGGUGCCAUGGUAACACAAACGACGAAAAGUUUGUACACGAGGUACAUAUGCAAGAAAAUAAUAGUGGUUGUUAUAAUGAUCCCGCGGUAUAUGAGGAAGUAGAUGAAGGAACAUUUGUGAAGGAGAACACAACACAGGAAGAUGUGGAUGGUGAUCAAGGAAGUGGAGCCACCAAAUCAGAUUAUCUUACACCCAUACAGAUAGAAAAGGACAGUCUGUAAUAUAUUAUCAUUUAUCAUCAACGUAGGUCU